GGGUUGGCUGAGAGAAAGACAAGGAUAGAGCGAUAGAGAGAGAGAUCAGAGCAUACUGUGGCUUGGUUACAAUCACACUGACUGCCGUGCACAGAGGUAAUAUGUCAGAGGAGCGAGAGAACGUGGAUUUUUGACAACAUAGCGCUGGGACAAAACAACAUUUUUUCACGUGGUAUGGAAUACAAGAUUAUCCAAAAGGAAACAGGUUUAUUUUUUGCCAAAGAAAUCAACUUGAAAAUAUUGGAGAUUUUUUCCGUGAUUGUCAUUCUGGCCCCUGCUGACACAGCACAUAGGACACUGAACACAAUUGGGAUUUCUGGUGGGCAAACAAAUAAACUCCACAGACAACACAGAAAGGGAAUGAUUGACGGCUAUGGCCAGUGAGGAAUUCUAAAUAUUUUUCCUGAAUAUUAAUUGUUUCUGAGACACAUCCGCUGCUGCUACUGCUGCGUAGGUGCAUAUUAAUGUACUUCAGACUAAAUUACAUAAGAGGUUAAAGUUUGGAACAUUUUACCACACACUUUUUUCUUUCACUGUAGCAUGUUUUGUUUUCAUUUCAAGUGACAAAUCCCUACAGUAGAAUCAAUCAGAGAUAGGGGAGUAAACACGCCAGGUUCAGUCAUGCACAGCAGGUCGGUCACCUUUGACCUCUCCAUGCUGUUGGGGGUUCUCCUGUUGUGGGGGCCGAUGGAGUCCAUGGGCCAGAAUGACACAGAGCCGAUCAUCCUCGAGGGGAAGUGCUUGGUGGUGUGCGACUCCACUCCUUCAUCCGAGCCUGCCGGGAACGCCCUGGGCAUGUCGGUGCGCUCCGGCUCCGGGAGGGUGGCCUUCUCCGCCAGCCGCCAGACCAACCACGAGCCAACGGACAUGAGCAACCGCACCAUGAUCAUCUACUUUGAUAAUAUUUUGGUGAACGUGGGCACUCAUUUUGACCAGGAGAGCAGCGUGUUCCUGGCGCCAAGAAGGGGCGUGUACAGCUUCAACUUCCAUGUUGUAAAGGCCUACAAUAGACAAACUAUUCAGGUCAGCUUGAUGUUGAACGGCUGGCCUAUGAUUUCAGCUUUCGCCGGAGACCAGGACGUGACCAGAGAAGCCGCCACAAACGCCGGACUGGUGAUAAUGGAGAAGGGGGACAAGGCUUACCUAAGAUUGGAGAGAGGCAACCUGAUGGGAGGCUGGAAGUACUCCACUUUCUCCGGGUUUCUGGUCUUCCCCCUGUGAGGAAGGUGGUUGAGGUGUUAGAAAGGUGGUAGAAAGGGAAUUGGAUAACGCAGUAUUGAGAAGGAGGCAGACAAAAAAGAAAAAUAGAUGGAAGAAAUGGAAGGCUUUAAUCUGUAACUCUCGGAAAGAUGUGUUUUAUGCAAAAACAAGAAGAAGAUUGGGUAAAUUAAGAUAAUUCUCACUUGAGACCAAAAGAAAAGAAGGAUAAGAGGAUAAAACAUGAUUCAUUUUGCCCUCCUGUUUCUGUGUAUACAUAUUUGUUUGGUUAUAAGAAAUACUCUAUUGUGAUUAAAUUAUGAAAAAGUCAUGCGAAAAGUGGGCUUCUCUGUUAAAAUUAUAUUUUAUUUCAAAAGUGAUUGCAACGUUGCUGUGCUCCACAUGGCAUCCUGUCUAGAUAACAAAUGUGCCCUUUGCUCUGUUGUGUUGAUUGACUGAUGCUCCUCUAUAUGCCUGUUAGUCUCCUGCAACAUGCUCAUUUAUAUUUCUUUUGAAGAGAAAAUAUUGAAAUAAAAUCUUAUAAUAUUG